AUGCAUCCGACCUCUUCAUUUUUCCGAAUACUAAAGGGAUCUCGGGCCGGCGAGGACGAGAUUCGUCCUCCACAGACGAAAGACACGGACGACUCUCUGUCCACUGUUGCCACGGUGACGUGUGAUGAAGCCCGACUUGAAACAAGCGACCCUGUUCAGGAGGUGGACGCCAGCGGAGGAGACGUCCUGUACGUCAGCUCAGCGUCGCAAAAACAAGACAUGGGGACAGAGGAGGCUGACGCCGAGGAGCGUGGGACAUCAGCGCUAGCUGAAAGGAAAGAGAACAACAGCGACGACGGUGAUGGCGAAAGAGAAGAAGCGAAUGACGGGGACGACGAUUGGAAACCGGACGACGUGAAGCUGAAAGGAAGUGUCCCCAGACAGCGGCAGAAGAAGAAGAAGACAAAGAAACAACAGGCCAGGCGUUCUGGUGUUAAGACUAAGUCGAAGACCAGCGAUGACGUCUUCUGUUGCAACGUCUGUGGAGCUCAGCACAGAUCAGAGGUCCUGUUGGUGAGACACGCCUGGACGCACGUGGACGACGCAGGGCGUCUCUGCGGCGUGUGCGGAGAGCGCUCAGAGUCGGCGGAGGCCUCGAAGCAUCAUCUUCAAAGUUCCCACAAACCUGACGGAGACUCUUGUCUCAGCGUCCUCAGCCUCGGCGAGGACGCCGCUGCCCACGCAAGGGAGACACCCUACCAAUGCGACGUCUGCCGUGAGGUUUUCCCGUCGGGUUCGUCCCUGGAGAAACACCGGAAGCUCCACGAUUCGGGUGCUCCCGCCUACAAGAAGAAGCAGAUCUGCGGCGUGUGCGGCAAAACCCUCAGCGACUACCGGUCCCUGUCCCGCCACAGGCUGACCCACUCCGGGGAGCGGCCUCACGGCUGCCGGGUGUGCGGGAGUCGGUUCAAACUCCCGGGGACGCUGAGACAACACGAGAAGAUCCACACGCACCGGGAGAGGUCGUACCUCUGCGACGUCUGCUGUAAGAUGUUCAUGACCAGCAAGCAGCUGCAGAUCCACAUGCGCAUGCACACCAACGAGAAGCCCUACCACUGCGGGGAAUGCGGCCGGGGCUUCAGCACCAGGGCGCCGUUGAGGGCUCACAUGCGGAUCCACACCGGAGAGACACCGUACAGCUGCCCGGACUGCGGCUGGGCCUUCAAACGCAAGGUUCACCUGGAUAACCAUGUGACGGUGCAUUCAGGCGUCAAACCGUUCGUGUGCGUGACUUGUGGGAAAGCGUGCGCUCGGAAAGCGUAUCUGAAGGUUCACAUGAGGACCCACAACGGGGAGAGACCGUACCGGUGUUCACUCUGUGACAAGGCUUUCACGCAGAGCCACUGUCUGAAAACACACAUGAAGAGCCACGGGGGGGCCGGCGCUGCACUGGGACCUUGACCACCAUACCACAAUGAUGACAACACAGAGGCUUGUAUGAGUUUAC